UGUUCAGCAGCGCAGGAACACUGGAGCUGGGAGCGGUCUGAUUCGGGAAGUGCUGUGUGUGUGAAUAUGGAUUCCAGACUGCAGGGAGAGAGCUGGACCGAGGAGGUAAUCUGUCCCAUUUGUCUGGAUUUCUUCACUGAUCCGGUUAUACUGGAUUGUGAACACAACUUCUGCCGCUCCUGUAUCACCCAGAGUUGGGGAGAUAGAGAGAGAAACUCCUGCCCGGAAUGUAGACAGGAGAUUCCGGACAGAAACCUCAGAGGAAACCGGGCCUUAGCGAAUCUGGCCGAGAAAGCUCGAAGAUUAAGUCUGAAUCCAGAAGAGAAGGAAAGUAAACAUCACUGUGAGGAACAUCAGGAAGAACUGAAGCUGUUUUGUGAAACUGACAAGAAAUUGAUGUGUGUGAUUUGUAGAGAUUCCCCGGAACACAAAUCUCACAGCUUCCUGCCGAUUAAAGACGCUGUUGGAAUCUACAAGGAUCGGGUGAAAUCUUCCUUGGAUUCUCUGACAGGGAAGAAAUGGGCUGCUCUAGAAAUGCAGCAGCAGCAGAAACAGAAGAUUUCCCAAAUUCGGGAAGGAUCCAGCCGUGUGCAGACCGACAUCAAAUCCGAGUUUGUCAAAAUGCACCAGAUGCUGACUGAGAGAGAGCAGAGUUUACUCCGAGAUAUCCGGGAACAAGAGGAAAACAUUCUCAAAACAAUGGAGCAAAACCUUCGUGAAAUUGAAGAGAAUUUAAAUUUUCUUCAGCAGAAACUCUCAAAGCUGGAAAAACAGUUGGAACAAAAGGAAGGAGUGAUAUUUCUGAAGGAGGAAGCAUCUCGGAAGAGAAGGAUUCGUGAUGACACAAAAAUCCUAUCAAUUACAGAUGGUAUCCUGUCCACUGAAAAAUUCGACAACCUUUUCCCAUUUGCUGUGUGGAAUACCAGUAAACCAGUCUCUGUGACUCUAGAUGUGGAAACAGCGAAUCCCUACCUCGAGGUGUCUAAGGAUUUGAAGAGUUUUAGAUGUACCAAGAUCCGAAGGAGUCUCACUGUCACUGGGAAGAGAUUUACAGACUGUCUCUGUGUACUGGGAUCAGAGGGAUUCACGUCGGGAAGACAUUACUGGGAGGUGGAGGUGGUGGGGAAUCAGCACUGGCGAUUGGGAGUAGCCAUGGAGUCUAUGGAGAGGAAGGGACUGAUCAGUCUGAUCCCAGAGAAUGGAUUCUGGAUCAUCGAGUGGGAUUGGGAUCAGUUAUAUGUAAACUUCCCUCGAUCUCCUCUCACUGUCAGUCAGAUCCCCAAGAAGGUGGGAGUGUAUCUUAGUUAUGAAGCUGGGACAGUUUCAUUUUACAACGCUAACACCAAGUCCCAUCUCCACACCUUCACUGGGAAUAAAUUCACUGAGAAAUGUUAUCCUUUCUUUGGGACUUGGGAUUUAAAUAAAUUUCUGAGAAUUUGUUCUGGUUUGGAUCUGAAAAUGUGAAAUGAGCGGGGCCUUCCUGACCUCACAAUGAUCUGACCCUGGGAUUAGUGUCAGAGGUCAGGGAUUGGGUUCAGAAACUCCAAUUGACAAUAGAUUGUUUCAAAAUGUUGUCAAUGAAUUUUGAGGUUAUACUUGGUAAAAUCACAACCAAAGUUUCAAAAAAAUCAUGUCCAAAUAUGAUAUCCAAAUAUCUAUAUGUCAAAUGGUAAAAAUGAGAAAGGACAUUACAUCUCUUCUGUCUCUCCUUCCAUCAUUUACUCCCUGCUUCAGGCCUAUCCUCCAUCCCUUCACCUGUCCCCAGUCUGGAGCUGGGAUUUCUCUGUGUUUCCAUUUCUCACGCUUCACUGGGCUCAUGAAAUCCUGAGGGGGAUAUCUAUACACUGAAUGGUGAUAAAGCAGUACUUUCAUAAUAUGCUCCAUUGAGCUCCUUGUAUCAAUGAGGAGGGGAGAACAAAAUCCACACUCUCCCAGGAAUUCCACCACUGAAGUCAGACUCACCGGUCAGAGGUUUUCAGGCUUGUCCUUACAUCCCUUCUUUAAACAAUGGCACAACAUCAGCCAUUCCCCAGUAAUCUGGCACCUCACCUGUACUUAUAGAUGAUACAAAUAUUUCUGCAAGAAAAAAAUUCUAUCUGGCUGGAUUCUGAAUUUAUCCCAGUCUUUGGCAUCGACAAUAGUAUCACAGUGCAAGCCAGAUUGUUAUCCAGUGAGAUCACACCACAUUCUCACCCUCUCCCUCUGACUCACUGUUCUCAUUUUCACUCUCUCACACAGAUGUAAAUAUAUCCACAUAUUCUGUAUAUUCCCUGUACUCUUUAAGAACAUGGCUUUGCUCUUGCCUCGAUUUCCCUCGGCUGCCGAGGCCAGUUUGAACUGGUCACAGGUUCCCAUGAGGCUGUGCAAUGACAGCUGAUUCGAGCAUCAUCCAUAUCCAGGGAGGCUUUGACCUGCACUGCCUGGAACAUUCACCUCUCUCAGACUCACAGAGAGACAGUGAGGACAGGAGAUGUUGGAGCUUCAGAGUCAGAAGUGUGGUGCUGGAAAAGUACAAUGCCACACUUUUCGACUCUCAGGCUCACACUCGUCCUGAUGGGCUCAACAAAGGGCUCUAUCCAACACACAAACAAGGCAGGAGAGAGGGGGCAGCGCUGCCUGACUCCAGAUCUGAUCAGCGAGCUUUCUGAUUCCCACCGAUUGAUUGAGACUAUGCUAAUGAUGUUGGUGAAGAGCAGUUGGAUCCAUUUACAGAUUCCCUCCCCAGACCCCAUUUUGGAGAGCACGUCCCACAUGUACAUGUGCGAUAUCCUAUCAAAGGCCUUUUCUUGGUCUAGGCUGAUGAGGCACGUUGGUGAUCGUAUCCCUGAGGAGCACAAGGCUUUCAGAGAUCAUUAAGAAGGAUUGGUGGUUGAGAGACGACACCCAGUAAUCUUGUUGCACGAUUAUCGUUCCUUCGCUGAAGACAAAUGCAUUCCGCCCUUGGACCUUGUGGGAAAUCCACUUCCUCCAGAUUUGAAUGGUCUCGGUCACCAAUACAGCCAGGCCUCCUCCAUCCCAUUCUUUUCUGAACACCUUGUCAUCAGGAAUAUUUAGCACUCAGACCUGCCCUUCCCAGAGGUAUAUCUCUUGUCGUGCCGGCUAGGCCAGCUUUACUGCCCUUCCCUAAUUUUCCCUGAGAAGGUGCCUUAUUGAACUGAUGCAAUCUGUCUGUUUUGGGUAGACCCACAAUGCUGUUAGUGAGAGGAUUUUAGGAGUUUGAUCUGUUGUCCCUGUUAAUGCUGUCUCUGUCUCUCUCUCUGUGUCUCAGCAUUUUGUGCUUUGAGAUAUCCUUCACUAAUAUUCUCCCUUGGUUCCCAUGGCCUCAUUUGCAGUGAUCAACAUUACCACCUACUGUCCUGGGAGGGAAACUACUGUGGAAGCUGGUCUGGGAUCGCUCUUGAAUUCAC